AUGUCUACCUCUGGUUCUCGACAGAGACCUUCUGUCCUUCACAAAGCAGGAUGCAAGCGUCUCUUCAUGCGGUGUCGGCGCCUACCCCUUCAAGACUCUGCCUUUUGUGCGCCGUCUUUUGUUGGCAUGGGUGUCAUGACUGCUCCUGCCCUGCAGCCGGCGAAGUCGCACGCGAAGGGGCGAGAAGUUCCAAGGUCCCUCCACAGCCCUCCACUUCCAGGUCCUCCGCGUCCAGCAGAUGGUGGGAAAGCAGUUGGGAAAGCAGGUAGGAAGAGGCGCAAGGCGUCGGAAGUCGCAGCCAUUGCAUUCCCACAAGUCCACACCGUCCAGGGCUGUCCACUCGUCUGCAAGCACUGGGCAGGUGGCCUUCUCCCCCCACAACGCAAUGCCGGCACUCCAGCAGCUCUUCAGCCUGCCCCCGCACGUGUUGCAGACGAUUGCGCUGCACCUGCCCUCGCUCGCCGAUUUCCACGCGUUCUGGUCCGCGCAUCCCACUCUACGGAGGCGUGCAUCACAGCCCUCACCGCCGCCCGCCCGCAAGGGGACAACGACUUCUACAGAACGGAGAUUAUCAUUGCUGAAGACUUUGGCAAUCCCACUCCAACGCCUCCCACCGUCAAUUUCGGUGCUUACAUUUACGCCCUGACGGGCUUCUCAUGUUUGCGACCGCGCCCCGUGCUCCCACUGGACUUGCAUAAGGAUUCUGAGGGGAACGGCGCGGAUGAUGGGCAUGAAGGGAAGGGCUCGCAUUAUUUUAAGUGUGUCAUCAAUCAACUCCGAGAAAAAGCCGACCCGGACCUCGUCCCCGAUUCCUCCAGCGCCAGAUGGAUCCUCGUUUCGGCUCUUUUGCAUGGUCUUCUGCCCACUGUACAGUACCUGUGGGGCAGAGGUGUCAACCUUAGUCAUGCAUGUACGGUGAUGGACCGGCCACCCGGAAACGCAUUGGAUUGUGCUCUCAGAUCUCGCAGCGUGUCCACCGUUGAGUACGUGCUGACUACUGGCAUGGAAACAAGGGCGGAUACCUUUUUCAACCCAAGCGUACUGGAAAUGCGGAAUGAUAAUGAUUGGAAGAUAUUUGACAUUCUCGUCAAGGAGAGAUUGACCCUUCUUAGCGGUAUCCUCACCGUUCACGAAGACAAGGAAUAUUUUAUCGAACGCCUCGCCGAACUGGCUGGAGAGCGAAGGGACUCGGGGAUCAUUCGAUUUCUCAUCGAUAACAAAUGUGAUGUGUCUCCAGCGCUCGUCGGCGUAUUGGCACCCGCAUCGCAAGAGUCAACAUGCCAAUCAAUGGACGAUCCCUUUCUGGCAAUGCUAUUGGCAAAGAUACCGCAGGAAGGACCUUCAUGGCAACAGGCGGUUCUGAAAUCUCUUUGCAGAGCUCUCGUCCGCGGGAAUGAAGAGCUGAUCUACUUUCUGAUUGACAAGGGAGCAAAGGUCCCCGUUGCAUGGAUAACGUCCUUCAAUCCUACGUCAAGCGAUUCUACGACCCGCAAGAUGCAUCUGUUGAGAGAAACUUCAUUCGAGCGGUUGAGAAAUACGGAAAUCAGAUUCCGGACAUUACCUCUCCCCAAGUUGUCAGCGAGAUUACACAGCGUCGGAAUCCGCAGUUCGCACAAAGUUUACGAAAGUUCGCACCCAUCUGAUGCGGAGUAA